UUGCAGGUCUGUUUCCAGAUCCCAGCAUGCCUCCUGCCCAGGUGCACAUAGAAAGUAGCCUCCAAGUCCUCAUGCGUCAGGAAGAUGUGCCCCUGGGGGAUCCCGUGUGCCCCAGCCGGCUGGGUCCGUACCUGCUGCCCGUCAUGUGGCAGCUCUACCCCGGACGAAGGUACCGAGGCUCAGACUCCAGUUUCUGGCGCAUAGUGUACCACAUCGAGUUCGGCGACACGGAAGACAUGCUCCUGGAGCAGAUGCCAGACCCAGAGUAUGCGUGACGAGGUCCAGUGGGGAAGGACGGGCAGAGGAUGAGCCCCCCACACGGGAACUGCCUGCCGGAGAGGACGUGCGUGGGUACAGCUUCCUCCACGUGCCCCGCCGUACCCGUGUCUCCGGCUUUCUCAGCUGCCCGAUGGUCUUCAGCCUCUGUCUCCGUUCUGUCCCUCCCAGCAACUAGUGUCACAUCCUGCCUGCCCUGGGCUGCUUCCCAUUCUGUCACCUCAGCUCCGUGUCCUUCCGGCCACAGGGAAUGGGACCUACUCGCCCGAGCCUGGUCUCUGAGCCCCUGGACCAGCUGUCUCCUGUGGUGCCGGCCCACACGUGACUACGCCUCGGCCAGCGCCCCCGGCCCCAGCAGCCUCGAGUGCGGUU